ACAAAAUAUAUGGACCUGGCUUUUUAAACAUACGAAAUAACUUGAUCAAAACUUUUCCCGAUGUCCAAACUCUCUUCAAUAUGGACAAUUUGUAUGAGUUCAGCAAAGCUUAUCAAUUUGGUUUCGACUUGAGGGAUGUACCUCUGGUAUGUGACUGCAAUGUGCAACCAUAUCACAAUCUUGUAGCCAAGUGGCUUAAGACGAUGUGGAAGGAUUUCUAUGAAAUCAAAUGCGCAGGUCCAUCGAAGCUUAAAGGACAGCUUUUAUUUAAACUAGAUCCCAUAGAAUUUAUUUGCGAGAAAUCUACUGAAAAUGGUUGUCAGAAAGGCUGUUCUUGUAUUGACCAACCGGAGAGAAACACACUUAAUAUCAAUUGCUCAAACGCUCAACUAAGUAAGAUGCCCAUCAUUCCAACAUCCAACUUCUCUAAAUUUGUUCACCUGGAUUUAUCUCACAACUUUAUCAAAGACAUCAACGCCUCCUAUCUAAAGAGACUUUCAUUCCUUGAUCUGACUGGGAAUAGGUUAUCGCAUGUACCCGAAAUCAUCAUCACACAGCUUGAUAACGCAACAAUUAUUCUUUCACACAACAAGUUUCUUCGAGCGAUACCAAGAAACAUGCAAUUUAGAAGUCUCUGCAACACCACACUUUCCUAUCUUCAACUUGAUUGCGGCUGUGAUAAUGUCUGGAUUGAACAAUGGCUUAGAUCAAAGGAAUGCAAAAGCAAGCAUGAAGAUCUGACUGGCUUUAUGUGUCUUGUUCCCGGUACUGGACUGAUACCUGCCCCAAAAUUUAAGGAAGACAUGGUAGUUUGUGAUGCCAAAGAAACCAUUUUAGGUAUGCUUGCUGGAAUAAAUUCAAGUUUCCUUGGAUUAUUACUAAUUGUCGGGCUCUUUGUCUACUUUUUCCGAUACGAGAUAAUUGUAAUUUGGCUUCGAAUUAAUCAAACGAAUAAAAACCAUGACAACUAUGUGUACGACGUAGCCUUAUCAUUAAACGAAGAUGAUGAUGAAUUGAGAAAAUGGGUAACACUAAACCUGAUCCCAAAUCUAAAACGUUACAGCAUCUAUCGUCCAUAUUUCGACAGCGACUUUGGAGACGUUCGAGAUAGUGCUGUGGCCAAGACAUUUGCAACAUGUCGCACUUUUCUGGUGAUCCUGUCUGAAAGCUAUUUAGAAGAAGGAGUUGGUGAUAGUGAUGAACAUCCAGAAAGAAGUUGGACCGAAAAUGAAUGGAAGUUUGCAUGGCAUCAGUACAGGUCGGAUUACAGUAAAACUGUUAUAGUCAUUAACUAUGACCAUCUGUCGUCGUAUGAGGUGAAACACCCGCAGAUAAGGGCUGUUUUACGUGUUGGACAUGUGGUAAACUUCGGAAAUCAUGGCCCGGAGGAUGAAUUUUUUCAUGAUGUCAUCAGAAAGAUCGGACCAGCCGGAAGCAAUGGACGUAUUAGGAGAUUCGGACCUGGCUCACAACAAACUGAUUUUGUUGCAAUGCCAGGUUUCCUUGUACCAAAAGAAUAAUAAUUUAUAUUCAAAUCAGGAAUAUUUUUUAAACUAAAGGCUGUGGUAUUCUCGGACUGUGUUGUUAAACCUAUGUUUGUUUCCUCUUUCAUCAUAGAUAAAGUAAUAAAGUGCUUUAUGGAAUAAAGGCCUGUUAAAGUAGUCGAAAUUAAAAAAAAAUAUAAUUUAAUGUAUUUUUUUAUAAUGGCAAGAAGGAUUCCUACUUUUCUUAUGACAACCUCUAUUGAAACAUAAGCAAAAUAUAAAGACUUUCGAAAAGAGCUCACCUAAUGUAUGUUCUUUUAUAAAAUGCUUUCAAAAUGACUUUUCUUAUACAUAAUCGGUGUUGCAGAUAACAGAUAGAUAUUAACAUAUGUUGCUUACGUUAACAUUAAAGCAUAGUAAUGACCAAGCAAGCGCAUGAAAAUGACUUUAAUAUCGGCAAUGAAAACAUUUCAUUAUGUAAUGACAUAUUAAUUCUAAAGCAAUCAGUGGUGAGCACUCCUUUUUUAGUUGAAGAUCUUUGAAAAAAGGUGUUCCUAUUACAGCUUACAUUGUGUACUGAUGCGUGUUGUUUUCACUUUGUAUAUGUUUCAUGUAUUUGAUGUUGAAACUAAUUCUCUAUAUGUAAUACAUGUUUAUAUGUAUGUUUACUGAUAUAAUGUUAACUUUUACUUUGAUAAUAUGCGUAGAUGCGUGCUCUACAUAACAUUUGUAUAGUAUGUAUGUUUGAUAUGUUUUGACGAUUAUAUAAGA